UCCAUUUUCUCUUUUUUUUCCCCUUUCUGCUGGUUGGGGUUUGAUGAAGUAUGGAUUUUGAGAAAAUCGCGUUUUCUUAAAGGUGUUAAGAGUUAUGUAAAAUUGGCUAACAUGAUCUGUUAGUUGAUUUUCCCAGUCUUCAGUGGAGAUGAGAUGAAAACUAGUGAAAAGGGCAUGCUACAGGCCUCCUAGUUUAAGCUUGCUUAAUUUUGGGUUGUUUAUGAUAACGGUCUUUUUCUUCUGAUUUCUGUAGAUGUAGCCAAAAAUUGUACAUUUGCAUACACAGUCACACUGUCAGCACAAAUGGCAUUCACAAUAAAUAGCUCAAAUUUUGCGCUUUCUUGAUUAAUUAUGUCAUGUCUUUUCACAAAGUUUCCGAAGUUGUAUCAACAAUUCAGGCACUCCUUGUAUUUGGAGAGUCAAUUGUCUUGGCUUAAAGGACUGAGACUCAAUCUUGAAUCGAAUUGCGAGGUUGAGGAGAAAAUUAGGAGUCUUUUGUUUAAUUGGUUGAUAUUACAAGUUGGAUGUCACCUUGGGUGUGAUCAAGAAGCCAAGCAUGUCACUUCUGUAACAUUUGAUGCUUAUUGCAUGUGACCGCAAAUGGUGAUCUUCUUCUAUCUUUGCCUCCAAAGUUAAAUCCAUCUUACUUCUUUGAUCACCUUUGGUAGGAGAGUCAAGAUUAUGUGGCAAACUUCAAUGAAAUUGUGUGUUUGAGAAUUUUGAGGGUGAAAUAAGAGAGAAUGUUUGUUAGACUGGCCAAAGUCAAGACAGAGUUGAUCAGAGAUGAGACUAACCCCAGCCAGCUAUAUAUGUAGUAGUCUGAGGUAUCAUCUUUGUAAUGUUCAUGUAAAGUGAGAACCUAGGUAAUAACUACUAAUCAUGUGAACUAAGGUGAUCAUAUGAUUACUUUCACCUUAAUUUGUUGACUUUCUCUGCAUUAUAAGUCUAUUCAAUGUAAAUAAUCAAACCAGAGACCACAGCAUUUAUUGCACAUAAAGCAUGGCUUUUGGGAUCAGAUUAGCAGGAUAACCUAUUUCAUAAGUGUUUGUUCCCAAACAAUUGAAAGAAAUUGAAAGAUGACAACAGAGGAAAUGUAUAGUAGUUUGUGACAAGGACCUAUGCACUUGUUUUGCUAAGUGCAUGUGAAAUUUCUAAAUUUUGUUUUUGGAAACAGAUAUGAAAGUCUAGUAUUACUUAUUAAGGAGAGUGCUUUCUUAGUUCAUUAAUUGUGCAAAGAUCCGCAAUAUAUUCCUUCCAACCCAGAUGCAAUCCUACUCAUGGAGUGGAUUAAAUUUAAUAAUUCGAUGGAAACUAUUUCACAAAAUUUUUUCCCUAACAAUUGAAAGAAAAUGAAAGACUACAGAGGAAGUGUAUAUUAGUUUGUGACGAGGACAUGUGCACUAGGUUUGCUAAGUGCAUUUCAAAUUUCUAAAUUUUCUUUUUGGAAACUGAUAUGUGAGCCUAGUAUUACUUUUAAGGAGAGUGCUCACUCAGUUCUGUUCAUUAAUGCAAAGAUAUACAAUAACCUGCUAAAACUCAUGAAAUCCUACUCAUGGAAGAAUUUAGAGGCUCUCUUUUCUGGAGCCCAAGCAUGUGCAUACCACUACACAAUUAUUUCAUGGCAACCUGAAAUUCUGGUAGCCUAUUUGUUGGAGCUAUUGAAUAGGUGAUUAAAUGUUCUGUCAGGAAGCCUAGUUUAGGGGUUCCUCUCUGGUUCAAUAUAGAGAUAUGUUAAAGGGCGUAACUCUGAAAAAGUGAAUCAAUACAGGAUAGGAAACCUUCAUGAAGUCUGGUUGAAUUACCUUAGAAAGAUACAUGGAUUGGAUAUAUUUGGAGCCAUGUAUAUAGCUUUAGCUUUCAAUAAGCAAGGAAGAUGGCUUUCUUGAGGUAAGUCAGCUGAUGUAUAGUGAUCUGAAAAAGACAGUCCAGUUUCUUACAUAUCACCUAUAAAUGAGCAAGAAUAUACUCUCCUUUUCUUUUUGGAACCUCCAACCAAUCUUUAUAAACUCGUGUACAGUUUCUGGAUGAGUGAUAGGACUUCUAGAUUGAAGUUUGAUCAUUUGGAAGGCAUUUCUACAUUUGGAGCAUAUUUAGUCGUAUUAAGCUACCAUAACUGUAUUAGGAAGGGGGGGUGGGGAAAAUCUUGUACCGUAAUGGUGCUUGUCUUGAUAUUAGUGCUUUAUAUGGGAUAGAUAAUGAUAUUCUUUUGGAGGUAAUCUAGACUGUGCCAAAUGAGAUGUUAGACUUUGAAGAUGGGCUUAAAUAAAUAUGACAGUAUUUAAAUGAGCUCUCCUGAAAAUUUACCUUAAAAUUACAGAUAACACUGUUCAUAAAGGGAGAUUGAGCAUUGAAGGGGUAGAUAUCAGCUUUCUCAGAUAGAUGGGCUAUGCAAAACAAAAUCCAUCUAUGCAUAGAUGACUUCACUCAGGGCUUUGCUGGAUGUUUAGUCUAAUAAGUUGAUGGCAGACAAAUCCAUUAGCUUUCUAAAGUCAGUUAAGCAAAGAGCAUCAUGGAAGAAAGAGCGGGAGGAAGAGAAGAGAAAGCAGUAUGAGAGCCGAAUUCCCUAUCUUCCGACAGAGUGCAUAUCAAAUAUACUUGUUCGACUGCCUCUUGAAUCACUCCAAAGGUCUAGGUUCGUCUGUAAGACAUGGUACAAGAUUGUCAACUGUUGCAUUUUCAUUGAAGCCUAUCUUCAACGUUCUGAAAGCGUCUUAAUUUUUCUAGUUCCACCAAAAAGAGAUGUCUUCUUUCCUUAUAGCAGACCCAACUUGCAAGAGCAUUCUAAUGUUUUCUCUGUUGAGUCUAAGCUUUUUCAAUUGCAAUCUGUGCCCGUACUUCAGCGACCUCUUAUGGAUCCGACCUCAUUGCUUCACAUCAAGUUCAUGGAAAUAGAAAAUGGCAAGAUGAAGGUGGAAGAGUAUAAUGCCACUUGUCUGGGAGCAGUAAGAGCUGCUUGCGGUGGUCUAAUCUUACUUGAUAACAAAAUGAAAAAAGGUGGAUUAAUUGCCUUGAAUCCUGUUACUAGGGAAUUGACUGCACUUCCUUUAGGUACUUUAUUCCCUCCUCAUAGUGAAUCAUAUGGACUUGCAUUUAGCCAGACUGCCAGACAUUUCAAACUGGUUCACUUGUUCCGGGAUGAGAUGCAAUAUGUUAGCUGCGAAAUACUCAAUCUUGGAGCUAGAUCCUGGAGAAUGGUUGAUGGACCUGCAUUUGGAGCUUUUGGUUGGUUUGGCUAUGAUCCAGUUUUUGCAAUCAGGGCCAUACAUUGGAUUCCGCAAGUUGAUCAUAGUGAGUACAUGGUGUCUAUGACAGUUGAUGAUGAGAAGUUCCAUCACAUACCUCUCCCAAGAAGUAGCGGAAUUCAAGAUAGGAUUGUGGAAAUGCGUGGGGAUCUUGGAUUUGUGAGUCAUGAAGAAUUGUGCAAAAUUGAUGUGUGGAUCUUGAGGAAUUUAUGUGGGGAAGGUUGGACGAAGCAAUACAGCAUCACUGUGGGUAGCGAGAGCUGUAUGAUCCCUCUUUACUUUUCAAGGAUUUGUGGCGAAAUGAUUUUCCAGGAUGAAGAUGGCUCUUUAUAUGCUUAUGACUGCUCUUUGCAGCUUAUGAAAAAUGUGGAAAUGAAGAAGGGAAGUUUUCCUCUUAAUUGCCACUAUUUUACACAUGUUAAUAGCCUUCUCUCUUGGAAGAUCCAGGGAAAUGUGAUUGAUUAGCAUAUUUGCUGUACCAGUCCAUUGUACAUACCAAAUAAACUUCAUACUGAAACAGUUUCCUACAGGUUUGAGUGGUGAUUUUUGCUUUGUUACCUCUAAAGCAUGUAAAGCUUGGAUCCUCU